UACAUCCGCGGCCCGGCCUAUCUCAAGCUGCCGUUGCUCACACUUGGCUCGUUGGGAACGCAGAUUGUCUGGAGCGUGGAGAUGGCUUAUGGAACACCAUAUCUCCUCGAGCUCGGUCUCAGCAAAGCUGCAAUGGCAGCUGUGUACACCGCAGGACCCAUAUCUGGUCUGGUGGUGCAACCACUGAUUGGGGUCCUCGCAGACAGGUCAACUCACCGUUGGGGAAGGCGUCGGCCCUAUCUUCUGGCUUCGUGUCUAAGCUGUUCGGCAUUUGUCCUGCUCCUAGGCUAUGCACGGGUCCUCGCUGAACUCUUUGGAUUACCAUCCGCGGUUCUCCUGCUUACUGUGAUAGCCAUCUGGGGUCUCGAUUUCUCAGUCAAUGCCGUCAUGGCUCUCAAUCGGGCUCUGAUCUUCGACAUGCUACCCGCCGAGCAGCAAGCAGAUGGGAACGCAUGGCUGGCUAGACUAUGCGGCAUCGGCUCGAUCCUGGGCUUCUUUGUGGGGGACAUAGACUUGCCCAACUCAUUUCCCUUUGCGUGGCUGCCAUCCUUGGGCUCUUCGAAGGGCAUGACUGCUAGCGAACCUCAAGUCCGCUGUCUCAGUCUGCUCACCGUCACCUUCAUCCUGUGCACCCAUGCCGUUGUAGCAUGGGCUGCCGUCGAACAAAGGCUCGAGCCAGUACCCGGGUACCGCAAUCGCGGCUCUCCUGCCUCUCAAGCUGCAGAGCUCAAUCCACUGCGAGUACUGAGCCGGACAUGGAGAGACUUUGCGCAGACCGCGAUGACACUGUCCACGCCGAUCAAAGAGGUUCUGCGCAUCCAGACGUUGUCGUGGCUCUGUUGGUUCCCCCUGAUGUUCUACACGACUGAGUGGGUCAGCAGUGUCGCCGUCAGUGGUUAUCUCGCGGAUCUUGCGAGUAACGGUAGCAACCAGCAGCCUGACAUGAAGAAGCUCAAAGCCCGUGGUACACGAGCUGGCUCCCACGCCCUGUUCCUUCAAGCUCUCGUGUCGUUCACUUGCUCCUUGCUGCUGCCCCAGCUGCUUCCCACGCCCGACAGUGAGCCCUCCAAGGCUUCGGGCCUACCGCGCCGCGCACGUCGGUCGUCGUCGUCAUCGUCAUCGUCGUCUUUCGAAAGUCGCGGUGUGAGGCUGACAAGCCUGUGGACGUUGGCUCACUUUUCGGUAGCGCUCGUCACCUGGCUCACAUGGCCUGUCGCGUCAUCCAAGAGCAUCGGAGCUGCAACGAUACUCAUCGCCAUGGCUGGCUACUCCUGGUCUGUCACUAGCUGGGGACCCUACUCUCUUCUAGGUAUACUCAUACAGAGCGGUCUCGCUGACACCCAAAAUGGAGCUGCUGGAGCUUAUCAAUCCGUACCAAUGAGUGACGGUUUGAGCAACGGGACAGAGGAUGACUCAAGGGAGGCAGAAGAGUUGGCAUCCAGAAGGCAAGAGGCAGUAGACGAGGACGAGGAAGCCAUCCUCUCUUUCGACCCCUCUCGUCCACCUGAUGACUUGAUCACUGCGUCUGGUGAGGCGGCUGGAUCGCAUCAAGCAGGUACUAUCUUGGGUAUCCACAAUACUGCCAUUGUCAUCCCACAGCUCUUCGUCUCGCUCCUGGCUUCGGUCAUUUUUGCAUUCUACGACAAUCGUGGUAGCUCUACCACAGACCAGCCAGGCAGCGCGCCUGCUGCCGCUCCGGCCACGAGUUCGAGCCAAGGGGACACGAUCGGUCUAGUCUUUCGGCUCGGAGGCAUCGCAUCUAUCGCAGCGGGCUUCUACACGAUCAGGCUUGCCAGACAGUGGGGAGACGUCAUUGCCGGU